AUGGCCACAAAGCUGAAGAAGAAGAGGCAGGAGCCCGGGCUGGAGCCCGAGGCCAAACCACGGCGGCCGAGGCUGAAGAAGCCGAAUGAGGCUGCAGAGGAGGCUCCAGCCCCGGCACAGGGGGUGAAGAAGGUGAGGAAGAAGAAGGAGGAGAAGGGGGAGGAGGAAAGCGACAAGGACCCCUCCUCCAAAUUCCCCAAGGAGCCUCGGAAGAAGAAGGAAAGCCUGGCUGCGCGCUCCCAGGUGGCCAAGGGCUCCAAGAAGCCACAAGAGCCGGCAGAGGAUGAGGAUGAUGAGGAAGAGGAAGAAGAGGUGGAGAAUAAAAACCCGCCCAAAAAGCUCAAGAAGAAGGUUCCCAAAGAGCCCCUCUCGGGCGGGGGGGAGAAGAAGCUGAAGCCCAAGGAAGACAAGAGUGACCCUGAGAGCAAAGCCAAAUCUGCCAAAAGCGCCAAGAAGGAGCCAAUGUCCGUGUUCCAGGUGAAGAAGGAGAAGAAAGGCAAGAAGAAAGCUGCCACCAGCAGUGAUGAGGAGGACGAUUCCGACUCCAGCACCAAACCCAUUAGGUCAGAGAAGAAGAAAAACCCAGCAUCCCUCUUUCAGACUGGUGGGGACCCCCCAAAAGAGAAAAAAUCCAAAAAGAAAGCUCCUCCCAAAGGGGAUGAGAGCGAGGAGGAGACCCCAGAGACCCUGCAGAAAAACUCCAACAAGAAGGGGAAAGCAAAGAAAUCAAAGAAGCAGAAGGAGGAGAGGCCCCCGUCCCCUGUGAUCGAGGUGGAGAACCUGGAGGAGUUUGUGCUGCAGCCGGCGCCGCAGGGCGUCACCGUCAAGUGCCGGGUGACACGGGACAAGAAGGGCAUGGACAGGGGGCUCUACCCCACCUACUACCUGCACCUGGACAAUGACAAAAAGGUGUUCCUCCUUGCUGGGAGAAAGCGUAAGAAGAGCAAAACCUCCAACUACCUCAUCUCCAUCGACCCCACCGACCUGUCGCGGGGUGGAGAGAACUUCAUCGGGAAGCUGAGAUCCAACCUGAUGGGAACGAGGUUCACCGUGUUCGACAACGGCGCCAACCCCGACAGGGCCAACGCCGACUGGUCCAACGUGCGGCAGGAGCUCUCGGCCGUGGUCUACGAAACCAACGUUUUAGGGUUCAAAGGCCCCAGGAAGAUGACUGUCAUCAUCCCUGGCAUGAAUGCUGACUGUGAGAGGGUGCCCAUCCGGCCCCGGAAUGAUAACGACGGCCUCCUGAUGCGAUGGCAGAACAGGAACAUGGACAACGUGAUCGAGCUGCACAACAAAGCCCCGGUGUGGAACGAUGAGACCCAGUCCUACGUCCUCAAUUUCCACGGCCGUGUCACCCACGCCUCCGUCAAAAAUUUCCAGAUCGUGCACAGCAGUGACCCUGACUACAUCGUGAUGCAGUUUGGGCGUGUGGCGGAUGAUGCCUUCACCAUGGACUACAACUACCCCCUGUGCGCCGUGCAGGCCUUCGCCAUCGCCCUCUCCAGCUUCGAUGGGAAGCUGGCCUGCGAGUAGCACCUGCACUGGGACCAC